CAAAACCCCAACAUUUUUACGCCACAAUAAGCCUUUUUACAGUAAAAUUCCUAAACUUACCUUACCAAUUGUUUUGUAAUGCCAAAUAAAAUAUUGCAUAACCUAUAAAAUUUCCCAAAAAUUCGUUAAAGAAAUAUGAACUCGGUGAGAAAGAUUUCGCUGUUUCCGUCCAUUACAAGAAAAUGUGGCAGUGCUAAGGUUUCAGUUAGAAGUUACACUCCUAGAAGGGCUCUCAUGUACGUUCCAGGAGAUGAUUUAAAAAAAAUCAACAAAUCGGUAACUCUUGACGUUGAUUGUGUAACUCUAGAUUGCGAAGACGGAGUAGCAGUGAAUAAAAAGGAGCAAGCCAGAGAAGCUAUUAGAGGUGUUUUGAAUGCCGGUAAACCUACGAAAAAUCGGAACUACGACUUGAGCGUGAGAAUCAAUUCAUGCGAUACCAUUUAUUGGCAGGAUGACCUCAAGGCUUGUCUCACAGCUAAGUUUCUGCCAGAUUCUAUAUGUUUACCAAAAGUGGAAUCUUCAGCCACCAUAAGAGCAUUUUUAGAAGAAACCAGCAAUUAUGUUACGAGCACUAAGAAACUAGAUCUGAUUAUGUAUAUAGAAUCAGCCCAAGCAUUCAUUAAUUUAGUAGACAUCUGCAAGACAGCGGCAGAAUUGUCUAAGGAGAGCCAUUUUACGCCUGCGGCGUUAGUUUUCGGCAGUGAUGAUUUUUGUGCCAAUAUUGGGGCUACUCGCACCGAAGAUUCUUUGGAAACUUUAUAUGCUAGACAAAAAUUGGUGUUGGUCGCUAAAGCUUUCCACAUGCAAGCGAUUGAUAUGGUUUAUAUUAAAUAUCAAGAUUUUGAGGGUUUAAAGAGACAGUGCGAACAAGGAAUGAGGAUGGGGUUUACAGGCAAGCAAGUUAUUCAUCCGGGACAGGUUGCGAUAGUUCAAGAAUCGUUUGUGCCCACUCAGAGCCAGAUUGAGUGGGCCGCGGGGCUUUUAAAAUCAUUCACAGAGCAUCAGAAUCGGGGGAAAGGGGCGUUUACCUAUAAAGGGAGCAUGAUUGAUAUGCCCACCAUGAAACAGGCGGAGAAUGUGAUAGAAUUAAUUAAGCUAGUUAAAAACGCGUAGUAUAUUUUAUUGUAGGA